AUGUCCGGUAGAGCUCCUUCUAGAUCAUAUGACAUGAUUAUGAAAUUAUUACUCGUUGGAGAUUCAGGUGUUGGGAAGUCGUGUUUGCUCUUAAGAUUUGUAGAAGAUAAGUUCAACCCUUCGUUCAUCACCACUAUUGGUAUUGACUUCAAGAUAAGAACCAUUGAAAGCAACGGGAAGAAGAUUAAGUUACAAGUCUGGGAUACCGCUGGUCAAGAGAGAUUUAGAACCAUCACCACAGCUUACUAUAGAGGAGCCAUGGGGAUCGUAUUGAUCUACGAUGUUACUGACUCAAGAACUUUUGAAAAUGUUGACAACUGGUACCAAACUGUGACUCAACAUGCAAACGAAGACGCCCAAAUCUUCCUUGUUGGAAACAAAUGUGAUGAUAACGAAAGUAGACAAGUAUCGAAGGAACAAGGCCAAGAUUUGGCCCAAAAGUUGAACAUCCCAUUCUUGGAGGCUAGUGCCAAGAGCAAUGAAAAUGUUGAUUCCAUUUUCUACGAGUUAGCUAGUAUUAUUCAGGAAAAGCAUGUUGACGCCGGAACUGGUGGAAACGCCGCCAACUCCGGUAGUGGGUCAGUUGACGUGUCCCAAGGUGGCGCUGCUGGUAUCAAGAACAACUGCUGUAGUUAG